AUGAUAUGCCCAGUCGUUAGUGGAAAGCGUGUCGCAAUUCCAGUAAAUUCGCCUGAGGUUUAUCCAAUAGAUUCGCUGAAUAAAGACGGUGUUUCUGGGGGUUGUGCAGACCAGCUUGCAAAACAAGUUGUCAAAACCAUUAAAGAAGCCUAUGGUGAAGAAGAAAGCUUCGAUCUGAAAGCAACCUGGCAAGGUACCUGUUGUGAUGGACAAUAUCAAGCAGAUGGAUUUAAAACUACCAUUUAUUAAGAGCUUGGUGUCCUGAUUGAUCCUGUGUUUUCAGUGGUAGUUUUGGAACCAAUCCCAUUGGAUAAAUCUUGCCAUACUCGAUAUCAAAGAUGGAAAGAUUGGCUCAUCGUCUGGCUUCUUGACAUCUCUUGUGAAGAGGUCAAAGAAUAUCCAUCCAACGUUCCAAAGGGGAAAGAUGCUGA